ACAGGAGCUAUUUUCCACGACGGCGAGGAAGCGAAUCUAGAUGCUAUACAAAAAGCACUCGUGAUUAUAAAUAACAGGGAUGUGCCAAUUUUUAAGCUUGAACUGAAGACAAAAUGGAUAAACUCAAGCACCGACAGCUUCAAGACAUCGCUCGAAGCUUGCAGCCUUGUAGCGGAAGGUGUUGCUGCGAUAUUCGGCCCUGGUAAUCCUCAUACACGUAAUAUUGUCUCGAGCAUCGCAUCCAAAUUUCAGAUUCCUCAUAUUGAGUAUUCAUUCCGGCGUAUGGACGAUAUUAAAGCUUCUCACAGCACCAUUCGCGCUUAUCCCGACAGCGACAAAAUUUCCGAUGCAUUAGCUAAAAUGAUGGAGUCGAUGAGCUGGCGGCAAUUCACGAUUUUAUACGAAAAAGACGACGCACUAUCUCGGCUGCAAAAAAUUUUAUGGCAGCAUGGGCCCAAAGACGCGCCAGUGACAAUCCGCCAAUUGAAGCCAACUUACGCGAAGCACUCAAAUGAACCAAACUAUCGACCGCUGCUAAAAGAAGUCGCUAAAUCGUCGGACUUUAAUGUAAUUAUCGACGCGGAGCCGGAGAACCUAGAAACGAUCGUUAAGCAAAUGCAUGAAGUUAAAUUACUCCGCGACUACUACAAUUAUUUCAUCACCGCGCUGCACGUACCAGGUGACAGUAUGAGAACGUGGCUCAAUAAAUCGGAAGCAAAUGUCACCACGAUUCAAAUAAUUAAACAAAACCAGCAUGAUCUUUUAACGGUAGAGAGCGCAGUUCUCUUUGACGCCGUUCUCCUCUUCGGCGAUGCAUUAGAGGUACUUCAGGCGCGUCUGAAGAUCAACGAGAAUUUUCCGCUGAUUAUCAAACCAGAACCGCUUUCCUGUGACGAUCCUGAAGUGGUUUAUGAAGCGGGUUAUAAUUUGACAAAAUUAAUGCACGAGUUAUCAUCUGAAGGACCCACUACAGGUCUGAUGAAAUUCGAUGAAAACGGAGGACGAACAUUUAACGUUUCGUUUCACGAGUUUCGAGAGGAAAAAGCAAAUUCCUCGGCAGAAUGGAUAGAUGGUGAAUUUAUACUCAAGAGAUCGGAAGAAGAUCGGGUGAAAUCAGCUAUCUUGGAUAUUGAGAAAAAAGAGUUCAGAGUAACCACCAGAGUGGGAGCCCCAUGGAUAAUUAAAGUUGAAGACAUGACGCGAGGGAUGCAGAUCGAUGAUGGCAGAUACGAAGGAUACGCUAUCGAUUUAAUUACGGAAAUGUCCGAAAUUAUGAAGUUCAAAUUCAAAUUUCAAUUUGUACCUGACAAACAGUUUGGCGUUCAGGAUCCAGACACCAAGCAGUGGAACGGCAUGAUUGGACAAUUGCUGAAUCGAGAAGCAGAUUUGGCUGUUUGCGACUUUACAAUAACAAAAGCUCGUGAAAGUGUCGUUGACUUUACAAUGCCAUUCAUGAAUCUCGGUAUCAGUAUAUUGUACCUGAAACCUGAAGAUAAAAAACCGGAACUUUUUGCAUUUCUCUCGCCAUUUUCAACGGAUGUUUGGAUUUAUGUGGUAACAGCUUAUCUUGCUGUGUCUGUUAUGUUUUUCAUCCAAGCCAGAAUGUCACCAAAUGAGUGGAUGAACCCGCACCCCUGCGUAUCAGAGCCUGAGGAGCUAGAAAAUUCUUUCAGUUUGAAAAACAGUUUAUGGACCACCGUCGGAGCGCUUAUGCAGCAGGGUUCUGACAUUGCUCCAACAGCCGGAUCAAUACGCGCGAUCGCUGGUUUAUGGUGGUUCUUCGUUUUAAUUAUGGUAUCGUCAUACACGGCGAAUCUGGCGGCUUUUUUGACGGCCGUUAAAAUGGGCAACACUAUAAAUAAUGUCGAGGAACUUGCUGCACAAUCUAAAGUUAAAUAUGGAUCUCAGGGAAAAGGAUCUACUGCUGCGUUCUUUAGUGGAUCUAAUGUGACAACAUACCAAAAAAUGUGGGAAACAAUGAUGGACGCGAAGCCGAGCGUAUUUGUGGGAAGCAAUGACGAGGGAGUAGAUCGUGUGCUCAAGGGAAAGUAUCUAUAUGCAUUUUUAAUGGAAUCCACAGCUAUUGAGUACAACGUUCUGAGAGAUUGUAAUUUAAUGCAAGUUGGUUCUUUAUUGGACAACAAAGGAUACGGAAUAGCUCUACCUCCAAAUUCGCCGUACCGAACUAAAUUGAGCUUAGCGAUUCUCCAGCUCCAGGAAAAAGGGACUUUGAGAGCAUUGAAGACAAAGUGGUGGGAGAGAGGCAGUAAAAAUUGUUCGAAAAGUGAGCCAGAUGGCGGUGGUGAAUUGACAAUUGCCCACGUGGGUGGUGUUUUUUUGGUACUUAUCGCUGGCGUUAGCAUGUCACUCAUUUGUGGGAUUGUUGAGUUCUUGUGGAAUGUACGGAAGGUUGCUGUUGAAGAGAAGAUCACGCCGAAGGAAGCUCUAAUAGCCGAACUGAAAUUUGCGAUAAACAUAUCGCAAGAUACUAAGCCGGUAAGAAUAUCUCAGAGCACUAGCAGAAGCAGCAGAAGCCAAUCAAGCGGAAGCUCUUCCGAAAAAAAUAGAUCCACCAGAGCUUCCACUGCCAGGUCGUUCCUAAGACUCGAUAUUUUGGAUAAAGUCGAACUAAACAGCAGAAAAGACAGCACUCCUGCCAGCAAGAGCAAUAAUAAACUCAAGCUUUGA